CGAACCAAGCCAUGGCAGAUCUCUGUGGAUCUUCGACGUUCUUCUCCGAUCAGAACCUCUGCAACGCAGACAUCAUCGGCUCCUCAGAGGCCAGAGCCAGAAUCGAAGUGGCAGUUCUCAAUUUUCUCAAGAUCUUGAAUUCUCCUUCUCCUGCUAUCUCCGAUCUCCCUCUGAUCAGUAGAAGGUGGAGUAACAGUAGGGUGAAUCGAGGAUUGCUGACUGAGGUUUCUUGCAUUUUCCUCUCGCAUUCCUUUUGUACAAGGUCUUUGAUGAGGCCAAAUGCUGCUAAAGCCUUUGUUAGAGUGUGGAAGGUUGUGGAGAUGUGUUUCCAGAUUCUGGUACAGGAAAAGAGGGUGACUCAGAGGGAGCUCUUCUACAAAUUGCUUUGUAGUUCUCCACAGUAUUUCAGUUGUCAGUUACAGGUUAACAGGACAAUCCAAGAUGUUGUGGCCUUGCUUCGGUGCAGUCGAUAUAGUCUUGGGAUCAUGGCAUCUAGCAGAGGAGCUGUAACAGGCCGGCUUUUGUUGCAGGAGCCAAACCAAGAAACUGUGGACUGUUCUGCAUGUGGGUCAUCUGGGCACGCCAUCACUGGUGACAUGAAUUUAUUAGAGAGGAUGGUUAUCAAGACAGAUGCACGGUAUAUCAUUGUGGUGGAAAAGCAUGCAAUAUUCCAGCGGCUGGCUGAGGAUCGAGUGUUCAAUCAAAUUCCAAGCAUUCUUAUCACGGCCAAAGGCUACCCAGAUAUUGCCACAAGGUUCCUGCUGUACCGAAUGAGCAGAGCUUUCCCUGAUUUGCCCAUUUUGGCACUGGUUGACUGGAAUCCAGCUGGACUGGCUAUACUCUGCACCUUCAAAUUUGGAAGCAUUGGGAUGGGCCUCGAGGCAUACAGAUACGCUUGUAAUGUCAAGUGGCUAGGGCUUCGAGGGGAUGAUUUACAGCUUAUACCCGAAGAAUCCUUGAUUCCAUUGAAGCCACGAGACCUUCAAAUUGCUAAGAGCUUGAAGUCCUCAGAGAUCUUAGAGGAGAACUACAGAAAUGAAUUAGAAGUGAUGGUUCAGAGUGGCAGACGAGCAGAAAUUGAAGCCCUCUACUUCCGUGGAUACAAUUUCUUGGGUAAAUACAUAGCAAAGAAAAUAGUACAAGCCAAUUACGUCUAAUAGAAUUAAUGCAAUUUUCUCUUGGAAGAAAAAUAUAAACUGGGUUAAAAGAAGAUGCUUGAAUUGAAUGGAUAUAGUGUUACAUUUGAAA